CGCCCCUCACUCCCCUUCGGCUGCUGGCACACGCGCUCCCGCUCCCGGGCAGCCACGCGCACGUUCCCCCGCCGGUGCCUCCUCCGCCCUCGCCGGCCUCAUGUCCACGCUGCCCGUCGCCCCGCUCCGCUCGCCUGGGCCUCCGCUUCGGCCGCCCCGGGCCAAGAAGGACGAGUCCUUCCUGGGCAAGCUGGGAGGCACAUUGGGCCGGAAGAAGCGAGCCAAGGAGGUGAACGACCUUCAGGAAGAGGGCAAGAAUGCGAUCAACUCUCCCAUGACGCCGGCUACAGUGGACAUCCACCCUGAGGACACCCUCCUUGAAGAGAAUGAGGAGCGGACGAUGAUUGAUCCCACCUGCAGGGAAGAUGCCAAGUUCAAAGAACUGAACAAGGUUUUAAUUGACUGGAUUAAUGAUGUGCUGGUGGAGGAGAGGAUCAUCGUCAAGCAGCUGGAGGAGGACCUCUAUGACGGACAAGUGCUGCAGAAGCUUCUAGAAAAGUUAGCCGACCGCAAGCUGAAUGUGGCCGAGGUGACGCAGUCAGAAGUCGGUCAGAAGCGAAAGCUGCAGACCAUCCUGGAGGCCGUUUAUGACAUGCUGCGGCCCCACGGCUGGACCAUCAAAUGGAAUGUGGACUCGAUCCAUGGCAAGAACCUUGUGGCUAUUCUUCACCUCUUGGUCGCCUUGGCCAUGCACUUCCGAGCCCCCAUCAGGCUUCCUGAGCACGUCUCUGUGCAGGUGGUGGUCGUCAGAAAGCGGGAAGGCCUGCUGCAUUCGGCCCACGUGGUAGAGGAGCUGACCACCACCUCCGAGAUGAUGAUGGGAAGAUUUGAACGAGAUGCCUUCGACACGCUCUUUGACCACGCUCCCGAUAAGCUCAGCGUGGUGAAGAAGUCUCUUAUCACGUUCGUGAACAAACACCUUAAUAAAUUGAACUUGGAGGUGACGGAGCUGGAGACACAGUUUGCAGAUGGUGUGUACCUGGUUUUGCUCAUGGGCCUGCUGGAAGGGUACUUUGUUCCUCUCCAUAACUUCCAUUUAACUCCAGAGAAUUUUGACCAGAAGGUCCACAAUGUCUCAUUUGCUUUUGAACUCAUGCAAGAUGGAGGACUCAAAAAACCGAAGGCUCGUCCAGAAGAUGUUGUCAACCUGGAUCUCAAGUCUACCCUGAGGGUUUUAUACAACCUGUUCACCAAGUACAAAAACAUCGAGUGAUCCCAGAAGCUGCUGAAAUAUUCAUCCCCAACGUCUUCCUGAAGGGAAACCAGUCUUCGAGCCCCACUCUCUCCUUUGUGCCUUAGACUAGUUGGCCUGCCUUCACCAUGCCACAGGAUUUGCUGCCUCCUCUUUGCAGUUGUUUGAUGCACUGUUUCCUUGGUGCUAGGGAGCAAAGCCCACUGGAGAUGAUGGGGCCGGGGCCAGGGGGUGGGGGCUCCCCAGGCUCGGAGGCUGGAUCCCUCUUCCUCUUUUGCUCUUGGAACAGAUGACCAGCUCAGACCCCGCCCCCAGCGCGGCCACCUGGACUAUUCUAGCAUGGAGCCUGCAGGGACUGGGGUCUGUCCAAAUGCCCUCACGCUGUCCUGGCUUUUCCACAGUUUCUUUCGCCUCCUACAUCCAGUAAAAAUGGGCUUUGCGUUUUUCUUUCCACCCUCUCCUUUCUUUGUUUUUUCUCCCCUUUCGAUGAAAGUCUGAAACUAUUUAUAA